ACAUACGCAUACGCAUACGCAGGGCUUUGCGGUUGGACCUGCUCUGCGCCGUGUCUACGAAGCAAUGUCUACCCUCCAGAGAUCGGAGAACAACUCCGCACCGUUCACGGCCUUCAAACCCGACCACUUCGACCCUUUUCUCUCGCACCCCGCCAGCAGUGAGGAGCAAUUGGUCCCCAUUGACUCCCAUAAUCUAUUGUUUGGCGGAUCGGCGCCCCAGACGCACAACACGCAGCAGCAGCAGCAUCAUCAUCAUCAUCAUUUGACCGAUAACCAAACCUAUGCGUCCCCGACAGAUGGGACCAGCCCAUACGAUGCCUCCUCCCACUUUGGCCACGCCAGCGGUCUGUCUUCGCCUACCUUCUUGAGCCCCGGGAGCAUGACCCACGAGAACGGGCAGAGCGACGUGAGCGGCCAUCCCUCGCCAGGAACGGAGGACCAUUGGCACGACGACGACGAUCGAUCUCAUCUGCCGAGCGGCUUCGGAGACUGUCAACAGCUCUACAUCAAUCCCGAAGUGUUUGGUCUUCCUUCGCUUCCCGGCAAGUCGACCCAGCAUGGAAAUCAUGUCGGGCAUGUCAAUCGAACGCUGAACACGAAUCAGCUCCUCAGUCCGGUGCUAACCAACACCCCUAGCCCUUCUACGGUUUUCAACCACCAGCCGGGAGAUGUUACAGUGAGCCCGGACCAGCUUACUACAGCAAUCUCCCCAACUUCUUUGACCAACCAGAAGCAAAGGGACCUUCCUACUCUACGGCUCCCGGCCCUAGCCACCACCCCUUGCAGCGAUGACUUCGAAAUCAACAAUCCUAACCACCCAGAACUUCCCCCAAGCCCCGUCGUCAAAAUAUCGAGCUAUAGCCGAGGCGACUCUCCGUCACGGGACGAAGCACCGCUCAAUCAAUCAAGAAGGACGAGGAGUGUCUCUUCGUCCCACCUUGCUCCCGGCGACAAUGCAUCGGUGGAGUCUGAGGGGGAAGAUGACGACGACUUCGACGACGACAACGACGUCGACAACGAUCGUCGCCCGGCCUCUAGGUCUUCGCCAUCAUCCCCGACUCUGCGGGCUGCUGAUGGCAGCUGGCUUCCCAACCCUUCUACUGGGCUUGGGGGCUUGGACCCAUCUUCUAGAACCGAUGAGUAUGUUCCAAGUUUGAAGGAAGUGAUCGCCCAGCGGGAAAUAGAGGAAAAGAAUGCGGAUGUGGAACGCUGGCUGUCGGUGAGCGAAGCCAACAGUGAAGUGGAGGACAACAGUCUGUUUGGGUUCCAGCAGCAGAAAAAAUGGCGGCUCCGCGGGAGACACAGAACGAAGAGCAUGGGAGACUCCCCGCUCAGUCCUCGUAACGCAAUCGGCCCGAGUCAGCAAGCUUUCGAUGUUCCUGCCUCUCGCGUCCCCGAGACCUCGCUUAUCCAUGAAGAAAGCGAAGUGGGCGAUCCCCAUACAGCCGACACCUCAUCCUGGCAAUCACCCGGCAGCGUCGGACCAACCCCUCAGAUAGAUUCACAGGACGAAUUUUCUGCUCCAACCGAGAACGACAGCAUCUCAAACGAGGAACCUCUUCCCAGUCAAUUUAUCCGAGCGAGACCUUGGAAAGAUCCUCCAAGGAACCCGCGGUAUGGAGAUAUGAAGGAGCAGCCUCCUACCUCCAGUGCCGCCAUGUACUUAUUUAUGCGAAAGGCCGACAAUACCGACGCCGCGUCCCGGAGGGCAACGUGGGGCACACGCGACGUUACCGAAGCGGACGUUGAGAGUCUUCGUUUCGAGAGCAUGCGGAUCAACGAUGAUAGUGUGAAAGAAAAAAUAAGUCGAAGUAGUAUCCUGGAACAUGCGAGCAAACUCCUUCCCAGGCGGCACCACAGCAGCUCAAAGCGAAAACAUAUCUCGUUAGCACAGCAGACGCAACCGAGUAUGGAAUCGGUGGAAACUGGGAAAAGCAGUUCUAGUAGCUCGGUUCCACCCCAGCGGAAGCCCAGCUUCACGAGACGAUCGAGGACCCCAUCACAUACCGGCGGCGCUCUGUUAGAGAUGGGAAGGCAAAUUGCAUCUGUCGGGGUCGGUGGACCUGUUGGAGUUCAACCGGUCAAGAGCAACGGGCCGUGGAGCAGCCUCAUAAGGCGUAACCGCAGCGGAAGUGAUGUGCCAAAGGUCCUGCAGAAACCCCCAUCUGGCCGAGCUCCGGUAUUUACUCCUGAAAAAUCACCCGUCAACAGAAAUCAUGCAGACGAAAAUGACGGGGAUCACGAAGCAACGGCGAACGAAAUUGAUUUUGGCGAUCAUGCGGAGUUAAGAGCGCCCACGCUCGAAGGGUUCAAAAAUCAUGUUCAACGGCUCUUCCCACAGCUGCAGCCAGCUCUGGUGGACCGCAUAGGCCAAGAGCAACUGCGACGAUAUCAAAAGCUUGUUGAACUCAGGCUAAGACAUGCGCAAGCGGUAAAACGACGUGCUUGUAAAUCCGGCGAGCACUGCUUUGCUCAGGGCGGCGGCCCUACGAUUCUGCCACCCAGGACGAACCCUAAGGAUUCCGAGACGACUUAUCCUCAGCUCCAAAUCUCCGGAACGGGAGCGGGCAACGACGACGCUAACGGAGGAGCAGCGGGCGAGAACGCCACCUUAGAGGCUGUGUCAUCCAAAGGCAUCCCCCCACCACCGGCCAAGCAGCUUCCGGCCCGAUUCGAAUGCUCCUUGUGUUUCGAGGUCAAGGAGUUCCAGAAGCCUUCUGAUUGGACGAAACACGUGCACGAGGAUGUGCAGCCGUUUACGUGCACGUUUCCCGAGUGUACGGAACCCAAAUCGUUCAAGCGCAAAGCGGACUGGGUGAGGCAUGAAAAUGAGACGCAUCGGCAUCUCGAAUGGUGGGAGUGCAACAUGGAGGAUUGCACCCACAUAUGCUACCGCAAAAACAACUUCGUGCAGCAUCUUGUUCGAGAGCACAAGAUGCCAGAGCCAAGGAUGAACCGUGUCAGGGCCCGAGGAGGACAGAAUGAUGGCGCACCACCAAACAUGACAGAUCCGGAUAUUCCUUUGCAGGACAUUUUAGUAGAUAGGUGCCACCGCAAGACUAAGAAGCAACCAACCCAGGAAGCCUGUCGGUUUUGUGGCGAGACAUGCAACAGCUGGAAGAAGCUGGCAGCGCACAUGGCGGACCAUAUGGAGCAGAUCGCCCUGCCGGUGCUGAAAUUGGUGGAGAAGACAACCACUUUCCCCAGCGCGAUGGUCAGUCCAAUCGAAGAUGCAGGGUCGUCUCCAGCGCAGAGUAACCUGACGACGCCGAUCGAGGGGUACUCCACGCCGAUUCAACGCACGUCGUCCUCCAACCAGCAAGAGAAUCGCAGCAAGGGGAAAGCCGGACGCCAGAGGGCCAUGUAUGGCACGGCAGCGCUCUUGCCAGAGGCGUUCGCGGUGAAGCAGCCUCCUGUUUCUUCGCAGCAGUUGCAGAUGCACAACGUACUGUACGGGGUGAGUGGGCAGCAGCCGUAUUCGAUGCCGGCCCACCACAUGCGGCAGUCGUACUCUUUGGGGAAUUUGCCGGUGAUGCAAGGAGACUACACGGCGCUUCCCACGAUGCAGGGACAGGACGGGCGUGGGGAAAUGGCAACGUACCCGCCGUUUAGCACCCAGCCACGGCAUUCUGGCGAUAUGCCGUACAAUCUGGACGUAUCAGCGUCAGCGGUCUCGAUGAUGGGGCUUACUGGCGGGCAGAUAUAUGCAUCCCCGGUCGAGCACAUCCAGUACUCCGAACAACAGGGGGGGAUGGGAUACAGUGAUAGCAGUUCUCCAGGAAUGGGGUAUCCGAUGGAAGCGACGGGGUCGGGACAGGGGUUUGUAUUUCCGGGUGGCCAAUAUGGCCACUGAUGGGAAGCCUUUCCCAAAGCGGAGAAUAUGGACAUUCUAGCUGGCGUCGUGGUGAUGACUUUCGUGAUGCAUGGGUUUUGGCUUUUUUUUUGUUUUCCCUUCUGGAAACCGGUCAUUGGUUCCACGUAAUGAAUUAAUGUCAUAUUAGUGGCCAUCUUACCACGCCUUUUUCGAUUUUUGGCUCCCUUUUUUCUCCUGCCUUGUUUUUUUCCCCUUUUUAAAUGAUAUGGUGCAUGAGUGCAUAAACACCUGUUCGUCUACCCCAUCUUCUGCUGCUUUUCCGGGACUGCAACGAUAUAACACAACCCCGUUGGUAUUAUUUUUGAGGUCAGUGUCGAUGUAAGUAGCAGAUGAAUGUAUUGUAUGUCCUUUGAUGAU